GUCUUUUUCUGUCUCCCUAUUAAAAGCAAGCUUUCAGAAACCGCAAGAAACUUUUGAAAAAAAUGGCGAAUCUGCCCCCAUCGCUGUCCCUCAACGUACCAUUCGGUGGUGGACCCAGCGCGUCGAACCCAAGCGCUGCUGCUGCCGGAGCUGGAGCUAACAAGGACCGGAAAAUGGCUUCAGCAGAGCACUUGGUUCUCGAUCUAAGCAACCCCGAUUUGAGAGAAAACGCUCUUCUUGAGCUAUCUAAGAAGAGAGAAUUAUUUCAAGAUUUGGCUCCCUUGUUGUGGAAUUCUUUUGGUACUAUUGCAGCAUUACUACAGGAAAUAGUUUCAAUAUACCCUGUUCUAUCACCACCAAACCUCACUCCUGCACAAUCGAACCGAGUUUGCAAUGCUCUUGCUCUUCUUCAGUGUGUAGCCUCUCAUCCAGACACAAGAAUGUUGUUUCUUAAUGCUCAUAUACCUUUAUAUCUGUACCCUUUCCUAAAUACAACGAGCAAGUCAAGGCCCUUUGAGUAUUUGAGGCUAACAAGCUUAGGUGUUAUUGGUGCUCUGGUGAAGGUUGAUGAUACAGAAGUUAUUAGCUUCCUUCUCUUAACAGAAAUUAUUCCACUCUGCCUGCGCACCAUGGAGAUGGGCAGUGAAUUGUCAAAAACAGUGGCCACAUUUAUUGUCCAGAAAAUCUUAUUGGAUGAUGUGGGCUUGGAUUAUAUUUGUACUACAGCUGAGAGGUUUUUUGCUGUAGGACGGGUUUUAGGUAACAUGGUUGCAGCACUUGCUGAGCAACCCUCGUCACGACUGUUGAAACAUAUUAUUCGAUGUUAUUUCAGACUUUCUGACAAUCCAAGGGCUUGCGAUGCACUGAGAAGUUGUCUUCCAGACAUGUUAAGAGAUGCCACCUUCAGUACUUGCCUUCGAGAAGAUCCGACGACAAGGAGGUGGCUGCAACAGCUGCUUCACAAUGUGGGAGUCAAUCGAGUUCCGGCACUUCAAGCUGGAGGUGGAUUCGAACAUAUGCUGGUGAACUGAACUUGAAAGAAUGCAAAUUUUCUUCAUAUUUAUAUCAAUCUCUUCUUGUUCUUCUGUUUCUUCAUUUUUGGUCUUCCCAAAAUAGGCAUCACAGGCGGAAGCGUAUUAUUUAAAUCUAAAUUACCUUUUGUCCAUGUCAAUAUAUCAUAGUUUAGUGUCAUGUAAUUAAUUAUUUUAUCUUAAGAGAAAAAGCGAGGUGGGGUUGUGGGUUGAAGAGGGAAGUAGCUUUCCUCGCUUUGCUUGUUCAUAAGGCGGAAUGAUCUGUAAUGGUCAUGUUUUAUUUUCUCGUAUAUAAUGAGAAGUUGGCUAGUCUUUCCAUGUGUA